CGAAUAAGUAUCAGCAUGGUGAACGUAUUCGUAUUUGUCUGUGGACUGGUACUCGUCAGUGCCGCACAACUAAAAGACGGAUAUGUUCCACAGGAUUACCAGCGUCUAAUGGAGCUGCGCUCGCUGGGAGUAGAGUUUGCCGAACAUUUCCGCAAUGCAACGCUCUCGGACUUGGAUCUUUUUCACCCACGAGUACCCAGUCAAGAGGAUCUGCUGUGUCUGGCGGACAUGGCUCAAUUCAUGCAGGCAUUGACAGCUGGACAAUUGUGGGCACUGAAGAUGAUCGAUGCCUGGGGCUCUAUUCCCUCGGGUCUACUCUACGGCAACGCAUUUCAUCUCGGUAACUUCGAUGAGUGCGUCAAAAUCAGCAAGGAAGUCACCAGCAGUCACCGCAUAAGUGGAAAGUACUGUUUUCUCAUCGUACCCAUUAGCUCUACAAGUCAGAGUGCGGCGCUAGGAUCCAGUACUCUGAGGAUAGGGUCUUGUUUUCCGGCUUCAUGCUCUGCCGCUCAUAUGGAUACGUUUAUUGGCCAAUUGAUGCAGAAACUAUUCAACUCGAGUAGCACAAGCAUAAGAAUUAGCGAGACCAGCUGCCAGACAAAUGAAUCGAAACCCUGGAAUGGCAUGCAAAUUUUCACAGUUGUGCUUCUUGGCCUUAUGGGUUCUAUUGUGGCAUUGUGCACAAUGUACGACUACUUCUUGUGUCAGGAUCAAAACCGGGUUCCAGUGGCUGUGAAAAUUUUCUCGGCACGUGCCAGUUCCCGCGCUGUCUUCCGCAUUGUGGACAGCAAAUCGAAUCCGAAUAUUAUUAGUUGCCUGGAUGGAAUCCGAUGCAUGUCCUUGAUCUGGGUGAUUUUUGGCCACGAAUAUAUAUUUUCGCUAAUUUCGCCGAAUAUUAAUAAUCUCUUUGUUAUUUCGUGGGCCGUCCAACCCUUUUCCAGCUUUAUUCUGCACGGGUUUUUUUCAGUAGACUCAUUUUUCUUUAUCGGUGGCCUUCUGGUGGCAAUGGUUGCGCUUCGAUCCAUGGAAAAAUCCAAGGGAAAGCUGAAUGUGCCGUUGAUGUACCUGCAUCGGUUCAUUCGAAUUGUUCCGAUCUUGGCAGUGGCCAUUCUUGUGUACAUGAAUCUGAUGACUCUUAUCACAGACGGACCACUAGCCUCUGCGGAGUAUCAUGGCAAAGAAGCCUGCGAAAAAGGAUGGUUCUGGACGCUGUUGUUUGUGCAAAACUAUGCAACAAACAAUAUUUGCCUUGAUCAUUCCUGGUACUUGGCCGUAGAUAUGCAACUGUACAUCAUCUCUCCGCUUCUCCUGAUUGCUCUCUAUAAGUGGGGAAAGAAGGCAGCCGCUGGCAUUGUGGUACUAAUAGUGCUAGUCUCGUGUUGCCUUUUUGCCACAAUGAUGGUCAACAAUUUCUCAAUGCUCAUGAAGAACCGAGUAAAGAGUGAAGAAGAUGGUGACAAGAAACUGUACUUUGCCACGCAUACGCAUGCGGCUCCUUGGCUGAUUGGAUUUGUCUUUGGGUACUUCCUCCACCUUAAUAGGGGAAAGAAAUUCCAGUUAAGCCGGAUUGCCGUGUGGUCCGGAUGGUUGCUUAGCCUUGCAAUGAUCUUCACAUCGAUCUUCGCAUUGUAUCCUGCUGCCCAGUGGAAUGCUCCGCCGUUGUCCACUCUCGAAGAGUCUUUCUACUACACACUCACCCGAGUGGCAUGGCCAUUGGCCCUUUGCUGGAUCGUCUUCGCCUGUAUGCAGGGCCAUGGUGGUCUGGCAAAUAGUUUUCUAUCCUCCCCGAUGUGGCAGCCUCUCUCCAGGCUCUCCUAUUCCGUGUACAUCUGGCACAUGUUCUUCCAGGUAGUAAAUUACAGGAUCCUACGGACCAAUACCUAUAUAUCGGAUUACAAUGUGAUGCUGAAGUUCUGGUCCGACUUUGGAUUCACUCUAUUGAUGUCGUAUGUGUUAUACAUUAUAAUUGAGGCACCUUUGGGCGGAAUCGAUAGUCUUCUACGACUCAUGAGGAAAAGUGUUUCAGCCGAUGUACAGCCGCAUCAAUUGAAUGACGGAAGGAAUGUGGAUAAGCCCGAAGUGCCCAGGGAAGCGGAAAAAACGACUGCCUCUGAAUGGCAAUAGAUGCUAAUACCUAAAUGUGUUACAGUACAUCAAGUAAAAAUUGUUUUGUUU